CUGUUCUAGAAUGUGUCAUCAUGUUUCCGACGCUGACUGUCUUUGGCUUUGUCGCCAUGUUCAUGACUCCAGGACUCUGCUGUUCACCAAAAGAAUAUCAGACAAGAGAUGGACAAUGUUGUCCGAUGUGCCACGAAGGUACAGUUGUUCGAAAAGACUGCACUCGUCAGACAUGGACAUGGUGCAGCCCUUGUGGGAACAGGACAUUUAUGAACAGACCCAAUGGCCUGAAUAAAUGUUACAACUGCACCCCAUGUGACCAAGGUAACGGUCUCUUUGCCAAACAGGGCUGCACAGCAGCAACAGACACAGUCUGUCAUGUUGUAAAUGGAUAUUUCUGCAAGGCCUUGAUGGAUGAGUCAGGAUGUAGUUCUGCAGAAAAACAUACGCAGUGUGAACCCGGUCACAGGAUAAAAGCACCUGGAACCAGCAGAACAGACACAGUGUGUGAAAGCUGUCCGUCCGGCUAUUUUUCACUUGACGGUGUGAAUUGUACAGUUUGGACUCUUUGCUCACAAACCCAAAUAAAGACCAAAGAAGGAAACAUGACCAGUGAUGUCGUCUGUGAAGCUGCUUCAAGACACCAUUACUUUCAUAUAGCUGCAUUAAUACUCUUCACAUUAACAGUUGCUGGGCUUGGGAUCAAAGGGAUCAAAGGCGGACUAUCAUCAAUAAAAAAUGAGAUUCCUCGGACAUCUGACAGCAUGGCUUCAUCUGGAUCUCCAGAAUCCAAGGACAGAGGACAUCUGGGGUGACAGUGGAUAGGGGCGACUGUCGCUCAGUGUUAGAGAAGUGUGGUCCUUUUAUCGGGAUCUGCUGUUCGAUGCCUGGCUCUGCUAGUCCAUAUCAAUGUGUCUUUGGGCUUCGCCAGCAGUGUAUGAAUGAAUGUUUUUGAAUGUCAGAUAGACUACUGAUGACAAUUUCUUUUUUGACAAUUACUCACAUUAUCUGUUGAUUAUUUGUUAUUCUUGUUUUGUUGUUUUACUACAUUACAUUACAUUACAGUCAUUUAGCAAACGCUUUUAUCCAAACGACUUGCAAUAAGAACUAACAUUUUCUAAAUAAAUAAAUAUUUUCUAU